AACCAAUCAAUGAUAGAUACAAGUCAGGAAGGCGGGACAUUGCCCACCAGCACUGGGAAAUGUAUUUGUUAUUAUUUUUGUAGUUGGUUUUAUUUUUUAAAGGGAAACGGGUAAAGUCAACGUGAAUAGAUUAUAACAAUUUCCACAGUUUUCCCGGUGUUUUUUGGCUAUCCACCGAUUUAAUUAUUUUUUGUCUCGGUGUUUUAUCGGUUAAACCGAAAAUCAGAAGCCCUUGUUAUAUUAUUAUUACAUCAGCAAAAUAGUGCUAUUGAGUGACAAAGUUUGCUAUCAAUCGUAAAUUAUAGUGUUUUUUUUUUUUUAAAGUGCCAGUUGGCACACAGUACCUGAAAUUGUACCCAGUAAUGUUACCUUCUUAUGCAGUCUAGCAGCAGUGGUGACGGUGUUUUAUACGAAUCAAUCUUUAGGAGACAAGACAUGGACGGCAAUAAGCAAACACCAGAUUUUGAUCAAACAGAGCACCAGCACAUUCGCUAUAACCCCCUGAGGGAUAUGUGGGUCCUCGUCUCAGCUCAUCGGAUGAAAAGACCCUGGAAGGGUCAGGUAGAGAAGCCCUCAGAAGAAUAUGUCCCCCGACAUGAUCCCUCUAACCCACUCUGUCCUGGAGCCACAAGGGCAAAUGGGAUGGUAAACCCAGAAUAUGACAGUACUUUUCUGUUUGAUAAUGACUUCCCUGCACUGCAGCCAGAUGCCCCUGAGCCAGGAGUCAGCGACCAUUCACUGUUUCAAACAAAAGCAGCCAAGGGUGUAUGUAAAGUGAUGUGCUUCCAUCCCUGGUCAGAUAUCACCCUCCCACUGAUGCAGGUCUCUGAGAUAAAAAAUGUCAUUGACAAAUGGGCUGAGCUGUUGGUAGAUCUGGGGGCCACAUACCCGUGGGUUCAGAUUUUUGAAAAUAAAGGGGCCAUGAUGGGCUGCUCGAAUCCACACCCUCAUUCUCAGGUGUGGGCCAGUAAUUUUCUUCCCAAUGAGCCAAGACUGGCGGACCGCUGCCAACGAGAAUAUUACAGGGAUAAAGGCGUGCCAAUGCUGCUGGAGUAUGCCAAGCAGGAGAUCCAGAGAAAGGAGCGAGUUGUGGUUGAGAAUGAAGACUGGCUGGUAGUUGUUCCUUACUGGGCAACAUGGCCUUUCCAAACGUUGCUUCUGCCCAGGAGGCACGUGCUGCGUUUGAACGACCUCUCCAAUGAGGAGCGACAAAGCCUGGCGUCUAUAAUGAAAAGGCUCCUGACAAAAUAUGACAAUUUGUUUGAGAUAUCGUUUCCAUACUCAAUGGGGUGGCACGGUGCACCCACAGGCCAUCAGCUGGCAGAAGAUAUGAGCCACUGGCAGCUCCACGCCCACUACUACCCACCCCUCCUCCGCUCUUCCACCAUUCGGAAGUUCAUGGUGGGAUAUGAGAUGCUGGCUCAGGAACAGAGGGACCUCACUCCAGAGCAGGCAGCUGAGCGAUUACGGAACUUGCCAGAGGAACACUACAAAACAAAGGCAGACAAAAGCAAUUUGAGGGAGAACGCUAAAGAAAGCAAAUGAGCUGCUCGGAUAGCAGCAGCGCACUGAUGCAUUCUUACAGAGCGUAUGCACAAGAACAGGGACACCUUUCCCUGCAUCCACCCGUAUCAGAAAAAGACGUGCCCCCGCUUCCACAUACCAUUCAUUAAAAGUUACAAAAUCCUAA